ACAUGGAGGCGCUGUUAGAGCAAACACCGUUGUGUUUUUGUAUUGUGGACACAUUCAUGACCGCAACUUCUGUAAACUGAGCCACGCAACUAUUUUAACCCUCCGAGCAGCUGCUAACGGUGUAACUGUUGUGCUUGGUGCACGAGUUUGCGCUUGUCCGAGCUGCUCGUGUGGAGCGUGCUAGUGUGGUAGGUUGGUGAUUUAAUGUGAGCUCAGUGCGCGUCUACGGCAGCGGACCCAGAUGGAGCCCGGACAGGUCACCGGGGUGUACGGAGAGGUCAGCCGUUUCCCUGCGCCUGUUUCUGCCCACGUGAGAGAAGAGCAGCUCCCGGAGCUCCGGACAUACACCGUGACUGCAGAGUGGAGUCAGAGCGACCUGGUCCGAGGCUCAAGACUUCGCUACUCGCAGCAGUGGACUCUGAUCACAGACAGCAACGACCACAAGAGCAUCAGGACUGUCCUUCCACCGGGACCCUGUGUACCUGUGUCUGGAGAGGUGCUGAGUGGACUGUCUCCCAUUCAAGGCCUGAGGACCGUUAUCAGGGAAACAAGUGGCCACCAGCUCCUCGAGAUAUGGGACCGCCACGGCCUCAGCAAGUGCCUCAACCUGACUGCUCUCAACAAACACGGCAGAGUGUACGGCGACGCCCAGUUUGGCUGUCUGUCAUGGUCGGAGUGUGAGAACAAACUGCUGUAUGUAGCUGAGAAGAUUAAGAACACAUCAAUAGAAACACAUGAUGGGGAAUCUGCAUGCAGGAAGGACAGGAGCGUGUACUGUGAAGACUGGGGUGAGUCUCUGACCAAUAAGAGCGUCCCGGUGAUCUGUGUGGUGAAUCUGCAGAGCGGCUCCGUCAGCGUCCUGCAGGGCGUCCCACGUGAUGUCUCACCUGGACAGGCUCUGUGGGCUCCCGGCAGUCAGUCUGUGUUUCUUGUCGGUUGGUACCACGAACCUUUCAGACUCGGACUGCGGUUCUGCUCCAACCGCAGGUCAGCGUUAUUCAAGCUGGACCUGGGUGGAAACUGUGAGUGUCUGUCUGGGGACAACUUGUCAGUGUCCUGUCCCAGGCUCAGUCCAGACGGGUCCACGCUGAUCUACCUGCAGGGUCGAGUGUUUGGACCUCACAAUCAGUGCCUCAGUCUGCAGCAGUUGGACCUGAGGAGCGGGAGGAUGUCCACCCUGUUGGAUGUUGUCAACACACCACAGACUGGUGAGUUUGCAGGUGUGUAUGAAGCUCUGCCACCCUGCUGCUGGUCUGCAGACGGUCAGAGAGUGGUGUUCAGCAGCGCCCGAAGAAACUGGAAGGAUCUCUUUAUGGUCGACAGAAGAUCAAACAAAGUUACCUCCCUCUCUGAUAGUCUCUCUGAUCUUCCAGCUUAUGGCAGCUGGAAGCUGCUGACAGUCCAGAAGGACCUGAUGGUCGUCUGCUGCUCCAGCCCUAACACACCUCCCACUCUGAGGGUGGGUUUCCUCCCUUCAGCAGGUGAGGCUGUGACCUGGCAAACUCUGCAGCAGCCCAUGAUGACCUUUGACUUCCACUGGACAGUUCUCGAUGUUACACCUCCACCAGAGGAGGACAACACACACUACUCUGGUUUAGACUUCGGGGCUGUCUUGGUUAAACCGUCUCGUCCCCCCAAUGAAGCCAAGAUACCUCUGGUCGUCUUUAUCCACGGUGGCCCUCACUCCCAGUUCCCAGCAGAGUGGAACUGCACCACAGCUGGACUGGCUAAACUCGGCUUUGCUGUGCUCAUGGUGAACUAUCGGGGAUCCACGGGGUUCGGCCAGGCCAGCAUUUUAUCCUUGAUCGGUCAGAUCGGAAGCCAAGAUGUAAAAGAUGUGCAGACCGCCGUGCUUACUGCGCUGCAGAGAGACAUCGCCCUUGACCCCGAUCGAUUGGCUGUGAUCGGUGGUUCUCACGGGGGUUUCCUGUCUUGUCAUCUGGUCGGUCAGUACCCUGAGUUCUACAGAGUGUGCGUGGCCAGGAACCCUGUCAUUAAUGCUGCUACUUUAUUGGGCACCAGUGACAUAGUAGACUGGCGUUACACCAGUGUGGGGCUUCAGUACUCGUAUGACCAGAUACCCACUGCUGAAGCCCUGGCUGCCAUGUUAGAGAAGUCACCCAUCACACAUGCUGCUCAGAUCAAGGCUCCAGUGUUACUGAUGCUGGGGGCCAGAGACAGGCGAGUGUCUCCUCAUCAGGGUCUGGAGCUCUAUAAAGCACUGAAGAGCAGAGCUUCACCUGUCAGAUUGUUGUGGUUUCCAGAAGACGGGCAUUCUCUGUCCAGAGUGGACACGCAGGCCGACUGCUUCCUCAACACAGUGCUGUGGCUGCACCAGCAUCUCUCAACACACACGGAUGCAUGAAGGCACACACACACACACACACACACACACACACACACCUACGUACACAUACACACACAAACUGUGAUGAAGCUUUGCUGAAGGAGUUCUGGAUAAAUUAGUUUACUAUCACAGCAGUUGACAAUCUUGAACAUACCGAUGCCUUUUUGACAACAAAAAAAUGUCCAUCGAUCUAUAUGUGAUGUACUCAAUGUUGUAAAAAACGUUUUCAAAUCAAAGCAUGUAAUAAAACAAAUAUCUUAUGAACCUGUAUUGAUGCAUAGAGUCAUGUUUGGUUACUCAGUGAUACUUUUAGUGAUACUAAAAACGGUCCCGAGCUAUUAGUUAUUAAUUGUUUCCCCACAAUGAUACAACAAA